CAACAAUAUCAACAGUGUCAUGGAAGGUCUUCAACCUCACCCAGACUUGAAAGGUUUAACCAUUAGUGGUUUCGAAGGUUCAAGGUUGCCGUCGUGGAUGGUGGCAAAGGAUCACUUGAUGGUACUCCUAAGGAAUUUGGUACACCUCAGGUUGAAGGCAUUGGGUAAGUGUGAACGAGUACCACCACUAGGGGACUUGCCUUGUCUCGAGUCCUUAUGGAUAUACUCCUUAGACAAUGUGAAGCGCAUUGGGGCUGAAUUCUAUGGUCUCGAUAUUAAUGCAAGGAGCAGCACUUGUAGUAGUAGCAGUAGUAGAGAGGUGAAAGCAGUCACUCUGUUUCCGAAACUGUCGCGUUUUGAGUUGUGGGGCAUGGGAAGUCUAGAGGAGUGGUCAGAUGCAAUGGUUCCCUCGGAUUCUUCUUCAUCAAUUAAGGUAUUCCCUAAUCUCCGGUACUUGACAAUCUAUGAGCUCCCCAAGUUGGUUGUUUUACCAGAUAUGGAGAACUUGACAUCUCUUGUGGAGUUGAGCAUACGGAGAUGCGGAAGUUUGGCUUGUAUAAGGAAUUUGAAUAGCCUUACAUCUCUGGAAUCCUUAUCCUUAGAAGAAUGCCCUGCUUUAUUACAUGCUUCUCUAGAUAUGAAAAACCCCCAAUCUCUAAGUGAAUUAAUCAUCUCAGGAUGUGAUGAGCUGAAUCCUUCACUGAGUAAUAAUCUUGAGAAGUUCACAUCGCUCCAGCAGUUGAGGAUCCGUUCUCGUGACCCUAGUUGUUGGGCAAAGGGUCUACACCAUCUAGCCAACCUCUGCGAGUUGGAACUCGGUGGCUUCUCUGACGACCUUGAUCAUUUCCCGUGGUCACACUCCAUCACCAAUCUCGUCUCUCUGGAGCGUCUUCGAUUGCGUGGAUGGCCAAAAAUCACGUCUCUCCCAGACCAAAUUCAGCAUCUCUCUACCUUGACAUUUCUAGAUAUACGGCAGUUUGAGGGGUUGGAAGUUGUUCCAGAGUGGAUGGGUAGCCUUCGGAAUCUUCGAGAAUUGUGGAUUUAUUUUUGCUCUAACCUCAGACAAUUGCCCUCCGCAGAAGCAAUACGAGCCCUCACUAAUUUAAAUCAACUACGGAUCUUUUGGUGUCCUCUUUUAGCGGAGAGAUGCACCAAAGGAAGUGGCGCAGAGUGGCCCAAGAUUGCACACAUUUCCGAAGUUGUUAUCAUUUGACCGAACUUUGACUGGUUUCGAAUUAGGGAAACAAGCCCCACUGGACAACAACCAAGAACGACCAAAGUAUUUCCAUGACCUGAGACCACAUUCAAAUGUUUGGGGGAUUUUGAUGAAUCCUGUACUCUAACUAACUAUAUAAAGGGAUUGUUUGUUGACCACAGUACCUCAUAGUGUACAUCUUGAUUGCUGUUUACAUGUUUCUCUCUAUUGUAAAGCGAAACUUAAUUUUCAUUAAGAUUCAGUGCUUAGUCCUUGA